UGCAUCUGCAGUAGACAACUCAGAUCUAAAACCAAAUUGUUGUUUUAAAGAGAAAUAUGUUUUGUUUAAAAAAAUUAAGUACCAACAAUGAGUUUUACACAAUUUUUAAACAUUUUAGACAAAGAUAAUGAGAUUAAUAAAUAAUUUCCACACAUUCCUUGAACAACGGAGUAAUUUUUUUUUUCAAAUUCGUAAGAUAUUUACCAGUAAAAAAAUUAGGCAUUAGUUUUUGUUUGAUAAUUAAUACCCGACUACUAACGCUUCACCUUAACUACUAUCUAUACAGACCAGACCAGUCAAGCUGAUUAUAUGGACGGGCCAAUCCGUGCUGCAGAUGACAGAUCUAUCCGGAUGAUAGAAUCGAAUCGGAUGAAGCAAUCUUCAACCUCGGAGAAAUGGUUGUUCGAAUCGUUUUACCAUUCGAAUUACCCAACGACAGCACGAUCGAAGAACGCCAUACCUAAACGGCUGAAGGUCGCUGGAAAACCCCGAUCGUUCCAGUUAUCUACGCACCAACCGUCUCCUCCGGCACUCAUAAUCAAACCGUCUUCUCGAGCACCCACAAUCAAAUCGACUCCUCUGACAUCCACAGUCAAACCGUCUCCUCCGGCACUCGCAAUCAAACUCUCUCCGUCGUACACGAACAAACCGACUCCAUCGUCCAUGAACCAACCAUCUCUUCGCUAUCCCAUGACAUCCGUCCGCGACCGUCAAAUCUUGUCGUCACAUUUGAUACCGUCACGGUCGCCAGAGUCCACAGACCGCGGCAGCUGGACAGCUAAUAAAGACGUUUCCAAAAAAAAGAAUGAUUUGUAUAAAUUCCGGAGGAUAAUUACAGCUGGUAGGAGUUUUAAAAGUUUUACGAAGCCGUGUUUUCUGAUAUUCGACCAACAUGGAAAUGAAAUACAACGAAAAACAAACAGUAAAUAAUCGAAGGGUUAAAAAUGAAUAUCCCACGUUAAUGAUCAAUUGUACGAACUGGAAUUCCGGGUUGAUGGAUAUGCCGAUUUAAUUAAUUAUCUAAGAGGAGGUAAGAAAAUAAUUUGAUACAGCACAUACAUUUUUAGCAACACGAUUGAACAUAGACAUAAAUAUUAAAACAGUAUAGUUAAAUAAAAAAAUCCCCCCGGUGAUGUCGUUCACUGGUAUACGUUCAUAAGUAAAUAGUGAAAUGUUUUCUUCUAUUAUUGUAUUUCUGUCACAUUAUGUUUGCAAUUGAAAAUUGUAAGCAACACCACAGAGGUAGUCAAUUUUUAUACGUUAUUAUAAUCUGCACAUAUUUAUUUUAAAUU